AUGAUCUUGAUGAGAGUUUAUUUGAAUAUACUAAUUGCAGCCGAAUCUUAGUUCAACACAGGAUUCAAAAAGACAUGCAAUAAAGAUAUAUUCAGAAUGGCCAGAAAUAAAGCUUGGUAUCAAAAUUUUUAAUUAUAUCUAAAGCUAAGAUACCGCAAAUAAUAAGCAAUUUGCAGAAAAUUUGUCUAUUUGA